GGGAGUGGGGCCAGGGCCGGACGCUCCCGGGCGCACCGGGCUCCGCUCGGCCUGCCCGCUGGUGGCUGCCGCGGGCGGGGCCGGGAGCUGCGGGGCAGAGGGUCUGUGUGUCCCGUGGGGUGAGGAGGCAGUGUGGGAUAAGGAGGUGCUGUGGGCCUUGGCGUGAGGGGGCUGUGGAGUUGGGGCUCGGUGUGGGGGCUCGCUGUCCCUGUGCCCUGCCCAGGCUGGGGCAGGCAUGGUGGGUUACGACCCCGAAGCCAAGUGCGUGUCCGCGGCGGAAGCGGCUGCGGCAGGAUCCGCGUCUGGCUUGGUCACUCGAGUCCUUGUCAGUCCCCUGGAUGUCCUCAAGAUCCGCUUUCAGCUCCAGAUCGAGCAGCUCUCCUCCAGAAACCCCACGGCCAAGUACCACGGCAUCCUGCAGGCUGUGCAGCGCAUCUUCCGGGAGGAGGGCUUGGCAGCCUUCUGGAAGGGCCAUGUGCCUGCUCAGUUCCUGUCCGUCGGCUUCGGAGCUGUUCAGUUCAUGGCGUUCGAGAGCCUGACAGAGCUGGUGCACAACGUCACCUCCUUCAACGCCCGGCACUCCUUCGUGCACCUGGUGUGCGGGGGCCUGGCUGCCUGCACGGCCACGGUGGCGGUCCAGCCCGUGGACACGCUGCGCACCCGCUUUGCUGCCCAGGGGGAGCCAAAGAUCUACCCCAACCUUCGCCAUGCAGUGGUGACAAUGUACCAGACAGAGGGGCCUCAGACUUUCUACAGAGGUUUGACCCCCACACUCGUUGCUAUCUUCCCAUAUGCUGGUCUCCAGUUCUUCUUCUACAACAUCCUGCAGCAGUUUUCCAAAUGGGUGAUUCCAGCUGAGGCAAAGAGUGCAGCCAGCAUUAAAGACCUUCUCUGUGGCAGCUGUGCUGGAGUUGUCAGCAAAAGCCUCACGUACCCUUUGGACGUGGUCAAAAAGCGACUGCAAGUGGGUGGCUUUGAGCACGCCCGGGCAGCCUUUGGGCAGGUACGGACGUAUGGGGGUUUCCUGGACUGCAUGAGGCAGAUCAUGCGAGAGGAGGGCCCAGGUGGGUUCUUCAAGGGUCUCUCUCCUAGCUUGCUGAAGGCUGCUUUCUCCUCUGGUCUCAUCUUCUUUUGGUAUGAACUGUUCUGUGGCCUCCUCUGUGCCCUGAAGAGCCCUGAGAGCACGAAGAGGAAGGAAGGCUGAAGGGGAUGUGUGUGGCUGCCUGCUGUUCUCCUCAGGAGGGGAGACUGAUGGUCCUGCUCUGUCAGGAGCAUGCUGGAAACCUCAGAGCUCCCAGAGCUCCCCCAGCCUGUGGGGACUUGCCUCCUGGGACCAAGCAGAAGGAGAAGGUGACUGCAGUUCUGCUGGAGACACUGAACUGCUCAGCUGGAAACUGUUCAACAGAGCACUUUUCUUCUGUCUCCUCUCAUAUCAGUGCACAUUUAGUGGUGAGAGGGGGAACCAACAGACCACUUCCUUAGCAAUUCCUGUGCUCUGGAAAGGCACCCAGUAAAAUGGGUGAAUCCCUGAGCUCGCCCUGGGUCCCAGAGAGGGGAUUCUGGCCCAGCCUAGUGUUGCUUAACCAACCAAACACCACUUCCUAGCACUGCAUCUGCACAGUUCUAUUCUCUUGCUCUGUGCCUGCUGUUUGCACCAGAUUCUUGUCUCGGUGUGGCACAGGUCACUCUGUCCUGCUGCUGUGAAUCAGUUAAAGCCACAUUAGUGCACAGACCCUCAGUUUUCUUUUCCUUUGCUGCCAGCUGCUGCUUCUUGGUCACCACUUGCUGGCUGAGCAUUCUCUGUCAUCUUAAACACAGCAUCUUUGAUCAUGCUGGACCAGUUCUUCCUUUAACUCCAGUGAGCUUGACUGUAUGCUGAAUUCCCAUUUCUCUUCCUGGGUGUCUCAGGGAUUGUGCCUCACUCACACUUUUUACAAGCAAAUCUGCCUAUUAAGAGCCCCAUUCUGAAGGGAUUCAAUGCACAAACCCAACUUUUACUUCAGGGUUCUUUGCUUCAAAGCAGUGAGUAAACAAAUGCUGUAUAGAGUUAAGUAAUAAUUAUUCUAAGUUGGAAUAAUGAAGGGAAAGUCCUGUGGAAACUA